AUGCAACCCGCCGAUACCGCAAAGCACGAGCAAACGUCAAGCGCCGAUGGUUCGGACGAAUCCUACGGCCGGGCGCUACAGGUUGCCUUUCGGUUCAUGAACUUCCGGUCCAGGUCCGUCGAUGAGGUGCGGAAGCGCAUAGGCAGGGAAUAUUCGGAGCCGGUAACGCAACGGGUACUGGAAGCCCUGGCCGGUUACGGGUAUCUCGAUGAUGCGGCGUUCGCCGUGGCGUGGAGGGAUGCCCGUAACCGGCGGGGCCCGCGAGGGGUGGCGCUUUUGCGGAGAGAGCUACGGCAAAAAGGGUUGCAGGCUGACGUCAUCGACGCCGCGCUGGAACAGGUGGAUGAGGAUGUCAAUGCUUAUCGGGCCGGCGCCCGACGGGCUGAACGGUGGUUGCAGGCUGACGGGAUUACAGCUGGGGAAUUUCGCACGAAGAUGUGGGGAUUUCUGCAGCGGCGUGGAUUCAGCAGCGGCGUUUGUCGCGACACGGUAGAACGUCUGCGGAUGGACUUCGCCGGUGGACCGGAUGAUUAG